ACACAAAGGUUCCCUUAAUGCAGGGGUGGGGAACUUUGGCCCUCCAGCUGUUGGUGAACUACAAGUCCCAUCAUGCCUCUGCCUUUGGGAGUCAUGCUUGUAACUGUCAGUUUUGCAGUGCCUCAUGGGACUUGUAUUUCUACAACAGCUGGAGGACCACAGUUGCCCACCCCUACCUUAACGUAUCCAUACAGAAACUAUGGCCCUUCAGCUGUUGAAGUACUACAGGUACCAUCAUGCCUCUGCCUCUCGGAGUCUUGCCUGUGGCUGUCAGAGUCUUGCAAGGCCUCAUGGGACUUGCAGUUCCUCAACACCAGGAGGGCCAUAGUUUGGAGACCCCUGGACUUAGAGCUACAGGCUUGUGAAUCAGCAGUGGUCAAGUUGCUCCUCCUUUUGUUCAAAUGUCCACUUCUUCUCUCCUGAUCAGACAGACUGAACCCAUAGCCAUUCUGCACAUGCUCA